AUGAACGUUGAGGCUUUCCGUGAGAAUUUAGAACUUAUGAGCUACAGUGGCUUCAAAUUGAAGGAGCUGGAAGCAGAUUUGAUAGAAAAUUCUCUAAUAAUCCUGCAAAGUUCGAAUAAACUGCAAAAUAUCUUCUUUUUUGGACGAAUUGAGACAACUUCUGAGGAAAACAGCUAUUACUACAUAGCUUUUGGAUAUACAUGCGACAUUUUUAAGGACCAAAAGUUUUUCUACAGUCUCAAUGGCUUUGAAUGGGUAAUGAUGCCUGAAAUGAAACCCAAAUUGCUGCCAAUUACUCUCCAAUCUCGUUCAUUAUUAACUGGCGAUCCUAUUAAUGUUGAGCAUGUCUGCAUGAUGCCAACAUUCAUUGCUGACACUGAAAAUGUGUUUCGUGCAUGUCCAAAAAAGCCAAAGAAGCUCAAAGAAGAAGACAGACUCGCUUGCAUCGUUCAUCUAUUAAUGACAGAAUCAGCAAUCAUGCCUCGAAGCUUAUUAUAUCGACAAGUCACUCGAUGUAUUUCUUACAACCCAUCUUUUGCAGGAUUAAAUCGAAUGGAAGCAAAUGAAAUGAAGAAUUUUCAGCUAUUUCGGUACCCAAAAAAUAAUCGAAACUAUAACUUAUCGAAGCAUGAUGAUUUUAACUAUCAAACAGACUUUUUCGAUACGAUAGACGAUUUAGUGCCACGAAACUGCUUCUCAUUUCAAAUUAAAGACCGAGAUAUCUGCCUUAUUCGAGCUUUACAUUGGCCAGGAAUGAUAUUUGUACAUAAAUUAAACACUAAAUAUCAAGGAUUUUUCUAUUUUGGGAAUGGCAGAAAGAAUUUAGAUCUGUUAUUUAUGACAUGA